AUGAACAGGUCCUUGUCUCCUGAAUCCCCUGACAGGACUCUUCGUUUGGGCGAUCAUGACAACGAUAUCACCGUUCAUUUGAACCUCGAUGCGGCCCUGGAUAUCCGCCCAGAUCUGCAGCGCUUGGUCCGACUCAACCGCUUGGGAUAUUUCAACGAGGCAAUCUCAUUAUUUGAAGAACGGCUGGCACCUCAUAUAGACUUCUUCCCGGUGGCAUCUGAGUAUGCGGAUCUGCUCUUAGAGCAAGGAAGCUUCGGAGAUCUUCAUGAAUUCGUCUCUAGUCGGCUUAAAGACUCUCUGGUGCAGUAUUCUCGCGAUGAGAUGCAACUGUGGAAACUUCUCAAAUCGCUUGCGGAGCUCUACACGAAAGGCGCCUUGAUACCAGCCCUAGAGAGCACAAUGGAGAUGUUAAGGUAUCUGGAAACUAAGUCAGAUGAUGAUCCGUUGUGGUACAAACAUUCCACCGGGCUCCAGAUUCAGACAGUGGAGAUUUGCUUGCGUAUUAUAGCAUAUGCGGGUGCCCACUCGUGCUUCUUGUGGAAAAAGUCUUUCAAACCUCUCGCGAUGUGGGGAUUUGAUAAAGAUAAAUUCAUUUUCCCGCAGAGCGAAAGCUGUGGUCCGCUGCCAUUGUCGUUUGAAGCUCAUGGCAUAUACUCGGGAGCGUAUCCUCCACUGGGUGAUUGGUAUCGCUUCGUGGUACAAAAUGGCUUUUAUUGGGACUCACACAGGCUGCUACGGUCUAUCUUACCAUUCUUCGCGGAUGAAGAAGGUCAUUAUUUGGACAAUGGCCAUUUUGAACAUUUUGCUCAACUCGACACAUUAUCUGGGGUGAGAGAUAUGUUUUCGGGAGCGCAAGCGUCUUUAGAUGACGAACAACUUGCGUUGACACAUCUUGCCAACGCAUCGCUUCUUGCAAGCUUUUUUGACGUUCCAACAGGCCGUUCUGCAUGUAUUGGGAUUCAACGCCAGCUCACUAAGGAGGCGCACUCUCUUGCACUUUCUAUACUUUCAAGGCAUCCUCCUUUGGUGAACAGUCGACCAUACUUGAACUGGCUGUUGCUAGAGACUACAAAGGGACUAUGCAAGGGUAAUUAUCUCCAGCCUACUAGCAAUCAGUUCAGAAGGGUUGCCCGAAUACAGUCCCGAGAGACUACCAAGGACUCCGUGAAUGGAUCAACUGAUACGAAAUCCUUCCUAAAUGCCGCCAUGGAGAAUACCCUUGAGAUUGUGGCUUUGACUGCCAAAGGACUAGGAGACUAUCACUUGCAACAGUCCGUUCUUUGGACUCUUCUUCGCGAAUCUGGAGACUUUAGCAAAAUGCUUCAGAGGUUGAUCGAUCUAUCUGUGCUUUGUCAGCGUUCAAUGCAAGAUACAGCAGGUUUCCUUAAUUGUUUAAUUGAUGAAUACUUGCUGCUUGAAUUUUCAAACACCGCUAGCGUUGAUGACAAGCGCAGAGAUCUUUACCGCCAACUUUGUGACUUUUCCAACGAUUUUCCUUCACGCUUCGACUACGAUCUAGAAGAAAGGAGAAGACUUAACAUUACUUUCUUUGAUAUUCCGCUGCUUUCUUGGAUGAGGAUCAAAGUAUCGGCACAAUUGCUGAAAGAUAUGGGUCGUGAUAGGCAAGCGGAAUUGCUCGAAGUCAAACUACGUCGUAUCGAAGAACAUAUACCGAGAACUUCUAUGAGAUCGAACCCUGAAAUCUUUGUUCAAUGUCUGGAUUGUGAGUAUUGUGGUGACUCGGAAAUGGAACGAAUAAGCGUCAAUCGCUCUGGCCCUCAGCUAGAUUCCUUCGAUCGUUUAACCCGAUUACGACACUCCGAGUCUAGAAGACGACCCCGUGGGCAUUGCAACCAUAUGGAGAAUGCAGCGACAAUACUCUCUGAUUCCUCCUAUCGCGAUGGAAAUCCACUAGGAGAACCACGGAAUAAAGGCAAAGAUCACACAUCCUCAUUCGAAAAUUUCCCAAGUGACUCUCCGACUGAGAGGACACCAUUUGCAACAUACUUCGAAUCUGAGGAGUCGGACUUCUCUGAGGGUGGCAUGUCGGCCCGCAGUCGCAAUUUCGAGAGGAGUUUCAGGAAACUAGCUGUCCUGGAAUGGAAGCAUAUGCGGGAGAGGGUUCAACAGAGACAGAAGGAAGAGACGGCAAAGUUAGACAAGGAAUUCCGGGAGAGGUUACGAGCUGAACUUGGAUGUAGUGAAGAGGAGAUUGAGGCCAUAAUUAAGAAGACAGUUAAGAGCGAGACGGAGGAGGGGAAGAAGCCCGAAGAGGAGCAGGACCACCCCGACGAGACUAAAAAACCUACUUGGAUCAAGGUUCAUCGCAAGUACCUGCUCCCCGAGACCUUGAUGGUCUACCACCUCCCAUGGGACUGGGACGAGGACGACAGCAACUAUAUAAUCAUUAAAAAAUGGGUUACCGAAGAACUCCAAGAGGAGCUCUUCUCUCAUACCCGCCGCUUACGCGAGGACAAGGUCACGGCCCAGACGUCUAGCUCGGCCACUGAACUCAAAGUCAACGACCGCAAUAAAGACAAAAUAAAUCUCGUGCGGAAAAGAAGCCCCAUCGGUCAGGAAUAUUCACUUAAGCCGAGCCUUGGUUUUAAGGAGUACACAGAUCCGGAUGGUUGA